GGCGCCUGCGCAGUCGCCCCAGAGAGCCCGGACCGGGAUGGCGGCCGUUUUGGAGUCGCUGCUGCGAGAAGAGGUGUCGGUCGCAGCCGUCGUGCGGUGGAUCGCGCGCAGCACCCGGGGUUCGGAGGAUAACCCCGGGGAGGCGGCCGCGCUGAGCUCACUCCGGCCCCUGCGGAAAGAAUUCGUACCGUUCCUGUUGAACUUCCUGAGGGAGCAGAGCAGCCGCGUCCUCCCGCAGGGGCCCCCGACCCCCGCCAAGGCCCCGGGCGCCUCGGCAGCCUUGCCAGGGAGGCCGGGAGGCCCGUCGCGGGGCAGCCGCGGGGCGCGCAGCCAGCUCUUCCCUCCGACCGAGGCCCCGAGCACCGCCGCCGAGGCCCCUCUGGCCCGCCGCGGGGGCAGGAGGCGGGGCCCGGGGCCGGCCCGCGAGCGUGGAGGCCGCGGCCUGGAGGAGGGCGUCAGCGGGGAGAACCUGCCCGGAGCCGGGGGCCGGAGGCUUAGGGGCUCUGGCAGCCCCAGCCGCCCCAGCCUCACGCUCUCUGAUCCACCAAACCUCAGCAACCUAGAGGAGUUCCCUCCCGUAGGCUCGGUUCCCCCCGGCCCUGCAGGCAGGACGAAGCCUUCUCGCAGGAUCAACCCAACUCCGGUGAGCGAAGAGCGGUCACUCUCCAAGCCCAAGACCUGCUUCACCUCACCCCCCAUCAGCUGUGUCCCCAGUUCCCAACCCUCAGCCCUGGACACUAGCCCUUGGGGCCUUGGCCUUCCCCCAGGGUGCAGAAGUCUGCAAGAGGAGCGGGAGAUGCUCAGGAAGGAGCGCUCUAAGCAGCCGCAGCAGUCACCUACCCCUACCUGUCCCACCCCAGAACUGGGGUCGCCCCUCCCCAGCCGGGCAGGAAGCCUCACAGAUGAACCUGCAGACCCUGCCAGAGUGUCUUCCCGCCAGCGCCUGGAGCUGGUAGCCCUUGUUUACUCCUCGUGCAUUGCUGAGAACCUCGUACCAAACCUCUUCUUGGAGCUUUUCUUCGUCUUUCAGCUGCUCACUGCCCGGAGGAUGGUGACUGCCAAGGACAGUGACCCUGAACUAAGUCCAGGUGUCCUAGAUUCCCUGGAAAGCCCACUGUUCCAAAGCAUCCACGAUUGUGUCUUCUUUGCAGUGCAGGUUUUGGAGUGUCACUUUCAGGUUCUUUCCAACCUGGACAAAGGGACCUUGAAGCUGCUGGCUGAGAAUGAGCGGCUGCUGUGCUUCUCACCAGCUCUGCAAGGCCGCCUUCGAGCUGCCUAUGAGGGCAGUGUUGCCAAGGUCUCUCUGGCAAUGCCUCCUUCUGCUCAAGCUGUCUCCUUUCAGCCAGAGACUGACAAUCGUGCCAACUUCUCCAGUGACCGAGCCUUUCAUACUUUUAAAAAACAGAGGGAUGUGUUUUAUGAGGUGCUGCGAGAGUGGGAAGAUCACCAUGAGGAGCCUGGCUGGGAUUUUGAGAAGGGCUUGGGCAGCAGAAUCAGGGCCAUGAUGGGCCAGCUCUCUGCAGCCUGCAGCCACAGCCACUUUGUUCGGCUUUUCCAAAAACAACUACUCCAGAUGUGUCAGAGCCCUGGUGGUGCCGGGGGCACCGUCUUGGGCGAGGCCCCAGAUGUGUUGAGUAUGCUGGGAGCUGACAAGCUGGGGCGGUUGUGGCGCCUACAGGAACGGCUUAUGGCUCCUCAGAGCAGUGGGGGGCCCUGCCCACCCCCCACCUUCCCAGGCUGUCAAGGCUUCUUUAGGGACUUCAUCCUUAGUGCCAGCAGCUUCCAGUUUAACCAGCAUCUCAUGGACAGUCUGAGCUUGAAGAUCCGGGAGCUCAAUGGCCUGGCCUUGCCCCAGCAUGAGCCCAAUGAUGAAGACGGGGAGUCAGAUGUAGACUGGCAGGGUGAGCGGAGGCAAUUUGCUGUGGUGCUUCUUAGCCUGAGACUUUUGGCUAAAUUCCUGGGCUUUGUGGCUUUCCUGCCAUACCGGGGGCCUGAACCUCCCCCGACCGGUGAGCUUCAGGACUCCAUUCUGGCCCUCAGGAGCCAGGUCCCUCCGGUCCUGGAUGUGCGGACUCUGCUGCAGCGAGGGCUGCAGGCCCGCCGGGCGGUGCUCACCGUGCCCUGGCUGGUGGAGUUUCUCUCCUUUGCUGACCAUGUUGUUCCCUUGCUGGACUAUUACCGGGACAUCUUCAUUCUCCUGCUGCGCCUGCACCGGAGCUUGGUGUUGUCGCAGGAGAGUGAGGGGAAGAUGUGUUUCCUGAACAAGCUGCUGCUACUUGCUGUCCUGGGCUGGCUUUUCCAGAUUCCCACAGUCCCUGAGGAUUUGUUCUUUCUGGAAGAGGGUCCCUCAGAUGCCUUUGAGGUGGACACAAUAGCCCCAGAGCAUGGCUUGGACGCCGCGCCUGUGGUGGACCAGCAGCUGCUCUACACCUGCUGCCCCUACAUCGGGGAGCUCCGGAAACUGCUGGCGCUGUGGGUGUCAGGCAGCAGUGGACGCAGUGGGGGCUUCAUGAGGAAAAUCACCCCCACCACGACCACCGGCCUGGGAGCCCAGCCUUCCCGGACCAGCCAGGGGCUGCAGGCGCGGCUUGCCCACGCCUUUUUCCACAACCAGCCACCCUCCCUGCGCCGGACUGUAGAGUUUGUGGCAGAGAGAAUUGGAUCAAACUGUGUCAAACAUAUCAAGGCUACACUGGUGGCAGAUCUGGUGCGCCAGGCAGAGUCACUUCUCCAAGAGCAGCUGGUGACCCAGGGAGAGGAAGGGGGAGACCCAGCCCAACUGUUGGAGAUCUUGUGUUCCCAGCUGUGCCCCCACGGGGCCCAGGCAUUGGCCCUGGGGCGGGAGUUCUGUCACAGGAAGAGCCCUGGGGCUGUGCGGGCGCUGCUUCCAGAGGAGACCCCGGCAGCUGUUCUGAGCAGUGCAGAGAACAUUGCUGUGGGGCUUGCAACAGAGAAAGCCUGUGCUUGGCUAUCAGCCAAUAUCACAGCACUGAUCAGGAGGGAGGUGAAAGCAGCAGUGAGUCGCACACUUCGAGCCCAGGGUCCUGAACCUGCUGCCCGGGGGGAGCGGAGGGGCUGCUCCCGCGCCUGUGAGCACCAUGCUCCCCUCCCCUCCCACCUCAUCUCCGAGAUCAAAGACGUGCUCUCCUUGGCCGUGGGGCCACGGGACCCUGACGAGGGAGUUUCCCCAGAGCAUCUGGAACAGCUCCUAGGCCAGCUGGGCCAGACACUGCGGUGCCGCCAGUUCCUGUGCCCACCUGCUGAGCAGCAUCUGGCAAAGUGCUCUGUGGACUUAGCUUCCCUCCUCGUUGCAGAUCAAAUUCCCAUCCUAGGUCCCCCGGCACAGUACAGGCUGGAGAGAGGGCAGGCUCGAAGGCUUCUGCACAUGCUGCUUUCCUUGUGGAAGGAAGACUUUCAGGGGCCAGUUCCGCUGCAGCUGCUGCUGAGCCCAAGAAAUGUGGGGCUUCUGGCAGACACAAGGCCCAGGGAGUGGGACUUGCUGCUAUUCUUGCUCCGGGAGCUGGUGGAGAAGGGUCUGAUGGGAAGGAUGGAGAUAGAGGCCUGCCUAGGCAGCCUCCACCAGGCCCAGUGGCCAGGGGACUUUGCUGAAGAAUUAGCAACACUGUCUAACCUGUUUCUAGCUGAGCCCCACCUGCCAGAACCCCAGUUAAGAGCUUGUGAGUUGGUGCAGCCAAACCGGGGCACUGUGCUGGCCCAGAGCUAGGGCUGAGAAGUGGCCCUGCCUGGGGCAUCUCACCAGAACCCUGGACCCCCGCCUCACGAGGAGGCCGAAGUGCCCACUGCGGACCCUCACUGGUGGGGAGUAGCCGGGUCUACAGUCAGACUUCCUGCUCUGUGAAAGGAGGAUGUCGCUGCCUGGCAUCCCACCACACGAAUCCUAGGAGGAGGAGAGUUGGCCUGAUUCAGGAUUAUGGCAGAAAAGCCCAGAUGACAGUCCUGAAGUAGAAGAGGUGGUGUUGAUCUCUUGGAUACUAAAUGAAAUGAGGUGUGUGUGGGCUUGUCAACAGAAUUCAAGCCUCAUUUGCUAUCCCAGCAGUUCUUAAAACUUUGUGGUCUUGAAACUCAUGACUAGAGGCAAAUGACUUCUGCUUAACUCACGAAGAAAAAAAUACGAAUCUUGGGAGUCUACAUUUUCUUAUCACCAGAAGCUGGACUGCCAUCUCCUUAAAAAUGCCUAACAUAGGCCAGGUGUGGUGGUUCAUGCCCGUAAUCCCAGCACUUUGAAAGGCCUGAGGUAGGCGGAUCGCUUGAGAUCAGGAAUUCGAGACCAGCCUGUAAUCCCAGCAAUUUGAGA